AUGCGCGCAUGCGGCGGAUGCGCGCCGCAAGAGUACUGCCACGCUCGCUGCCUCCUCACAGCAGGGGGCCCGCCGCCGGCGUCGGCCUCGGCUUCCGCUCCGUCGCUUGACGCGCAGCGCGCGCACCUGGAGAGGGCGCUGGGUGCGACCACGACCGUGCUCUUCGUCGCCAGCGUGUCUUACAUCGCGCUCAGCACGCUGUAUGGCUGCCUCUGCACGGGGAGGCCCCGCAAAUCCGGCAGCGACUCGGGCGCGUCACCGGCGGCGGCGGCUGCUGCCUAUGAGACCAAGCGCGCGCUCGAGGAGAUCCCCGUGGUGCUCGUGCAGCUGCGCGACCCCGACGGUGACCGGAAUAACUGGGAGGGAGGCGCUGAGCAGGAGGAUGAGGGCGGGGAGUGCGCGGUGUGCCUGGCGGAGUACGCGGGCGGUGACGAGGUGCGCAUGCUGCCAUCCUGCCGGCACGGGUUCCACCGGGAGUGCGUCGACGCCAAGGUGUGCCGCACCCCCGUCGCCGCGCGCUCGGAGGUGCACGACGCCAAGGUCUGCGCGGGCGGCGAUGCCGUGCUGCCCCUGCCCGUAAACCCUUAA